AUGCUUUGUCGAAGACGUAGUGCUCAUUUGAGAAUACAUGUAGGAGCUCCUCGUUUCUCUAUGUAUAUUCCCUCUUUAAGGAAGGCAAAAAAAAAAACCCACCUCCCUUUCCAUCCUAAUUCAGACACAUCUACCCAUCGGGGUUUCCUGGUGCAGAUGCGGUUCAAUCAUACUUCUGUAACUAUGCACAUGUAUGUACGAUGCGUACUUCAACCUGUGUACCCGUAUUAUUUCUUUCCUACCGGGUUUAUUAUGUAUUACCAUUUUGAGAGCCUUUUACUCUUAUUAUUUGAAGAGUUGAUCUUCAAAUGCCAAAAUAUAUAUUAA